AUGGAGAAUCUACAAAAUCUCAUAGGAUACAAUCAUAUAUAUAGUACUCCCUACCAUCCCCAAACAAAUGGUAUCGCAGAGCGUUUUAACGCUACUUUUGUAGCUCAGAUUUCGAAGUUACAAAAAGCUCAACAUAACAAUUGGGAUGAGUACUUGCAAGCCGUUGUCUUUGCUUAUAAUACAGGAGUGCACAAGUCCACGAAAUUUUUUCCCUAUGAGUUAUUAUACGAUCGUACUGCUCGUCUACCUAUUCAUAUACAACCUAAAGAAUUUACAUUUCUCAAACCUAAUGAUUAUUUUGAACAACUAAAAAAGACGUUACGUAUAUUUCAUCAGGCUUCGCGUGAUAAUAUAUUAUGUCAACAACAAGCUCAUCAGGCGUAUUAUAAUAAGAAUCGUCUUGAUCCACAAUUGAAAUUAGGAGAUAAAGUUUUUACUCGUAUAUCUGUUUCAAAAGGAAAAUUAGAUCCGAAAUUCUCUCCUAUUCCUAAAAUUGUUGUUGAAAUUCACCACCCAAUAAUUUCAUUAGACUAUCGUAAAAUAAUUUAUGAUCAACAACAAUUUAUAUGCGAUAUCAGGAAAAAUAUACGUUUAUUUAGUCGACAACAUAUUAAAUUAAUGUAUUUAUCUAUUGAUAAAGAAGACAAAUGUGAUAGAGAACAAAAUACUGUUCGACAUAUAACAAAAGAUUCGGCAUCAUUUUUAUGGUUUCAACUAAUAGUCGAUAUAUUGAAACACAUGCCAACAAAUACAGAAUCAGCUAUAAGCGAGAUGUUAGAUGAAUGCCGAAGAUAUUAUAAAGACAAUUUAGUACAAUUAGAAAAAAUUCAGCGUUUUCAAAGCGAGUAUAAAGGUAGCGAUGAUGCUAUAUUUUGGUAUACAAGUGAAAGCUUUUUAUAUAUGUCCAUUAAUCGUGCAUUAAGAAGUGAAAAUAUUGAUGAAUUGUAUACAGAUAGAUUUUUUAUCAUUGAUCUUUGUACACAGUUGUCGAGCAUUUACAAGCAGCAACGACAAUGGGAUCAUGAUAAAAAGAAAUUAAACGUCUAUCGUGGACAAGUCAUGUGUUAUGAUGAACUAGAAAAAUUAAAGCUUAAUAUAGGAAACUUGAUAUCAACAAACAGCUUUUUUUCUACAACAACUGAUAUCAAUGUUGCACGGAUGUUUGCCCCUCAUUGUCAUAAUAAAGUAGGUGUUUUAUUUCAAAUCGAAGUUGAGAAUAAUUUAAACAGCAUAAUUUACGCUGAUAUUACAAAAUACAGUAGAAUUCCAGAUGAAAAAGAAGUUUUAUUUCACAUUGGAGCUGUAUUUCAAAUAAUUAAUGUUUCUUAUGACAAUGAAUUACAUAUUUGGUCAGUUCAUUUAAGUGCAAGUGAUGAUGAUAAAGGCUACAUUGAACAAUAUUUAAAAUUACAAGAAAAGGAACUAAAAGAAACCGACGCUAGUCUAUUAUUUGGGCGCAUACUUAUUGACAUUGCCGAAUAUUCGAGAUCAGAAAUAUAUUUUCGGAAAAUGUUAAAUGCAUUAUCACGAGAUAAUCACCAAAUGCGAUCCAUUUGCUAUCAGUAUUUGGGUCGGUCAUUGCACUACAUCGGAAAACUUGAUGAAGCACUUCAUUAUUAUGAAUUAGCAAAGCACAUACAAAUCGAUAUAUUAAAAUUAACCACAAAUAUAGUUCGCGCGUACAAUUUAUUUUAUUUGGGGUGUAUCAAUGUCGAAAAAAGUGAAUAUAAUUCAGCAAUGACAUAUUUUCAAGAUGCACUGCAUAUGGAACAACUACUAUAUAAAGACAACGAUCAUCGAAUAAUAUCAUCAACAUUACGUGGUAUUGCAUGGACCUACGAAAAAAAAGGCGAUUAUAAUAAUUCAUUAAAAUAUCAUCGGUAUGCACUUGAACAAGCUCAGAAAACUUUACCGGGUGUUCAUUCAUUGAUUGGUGAUGGUUUCUACUCGAUAAGUAAUAUUAAUCAUUGCCUAGGUAAUUACAAAGAAGCAUUGAAUUAUGCAUUAGAAGCAUUUCGUGUGUAUCGAGCAUGCGUACCAAAAACACAUCGAGCAUUUGGUGAUAUUACAUCAUUAUUAGGCGAUAUUUAUUACGAUAUGGGUAACUAUGAUGAUGCUCUGAAUAAUUACGAAUAUGCAUUAAACGUACGUAAGAAUAUAUUUAAUGACAAGCAUCCAUUGAUUGCUCAGUGUAUAGAUGCGAUUGGGAGAAUACAUCGAAUUAGAAAAGAAUACGACAAAGCACUCGAUUAUCAUCAGCAAUCGCUUGAAAUAUUUAAACAAAAUUUUACAAAUCUUAAACAUCCAUCUAAAAGUAAAUGUUUAUUUCAUAUUGGAAAUGUGUAUGAGGAUCGAAUGCAGUUUGCUGACGCAUAUAGUUACUACCAACAGUCGCUAGCUAUAAGAAAAAAUUUAUACAAUGACAAACACCCAUCAAUUUUGCAAUUGGAUACACAUAUAACGCAUGUAUUACAUUUUGAACAGAGAAAAGAGUAUGAUAAAGCAAUUGAUUUGUACAGAAAUAUAUUAAGCGAUCAGAAAAGCCUAUUUCAAAAAUGCGAACAUCCUCAUAUAGCACUGACGCUAUACAAUCUGGGUUUAUGUUACCAUCGUAAAAAAUAUUAUAAUACUGCUUAUGCCUGUUAUCAACGAGCAAUCACUAUGCAAAAACAAUGCUUACACGAAAAUCAUCCAUCACUUUCCCGUACAUUACAAACAAUUCAAGAUCUGAAAGAUUUGAUGCAUGUUUGUUCAACAGAGCUCUAA